AUGGAAAGUGGUUUAUCAACCGCCCAAGAGGGUGCACUGGAGCGCCAGCUAAGGAGCCUAGAAGCUAUACAUGCGCUCUUGACGGUUGAGCAGGCGGCGCAAAUUCUUCGGAAGCUCCUUCGCGGAUGUACCCAGAAUCGUCAAGUUAUGUGGAGUGGUGUCCCAUACCAAAUUGCUCAGCAAUGGGCCAAGGAGCAUGGGAUGCAGACACUGAGCAUAGCUAUGGGCUCACUAAUGGAAAAGAAUGACCCAUCUUGCCUUAAAUCAAAAAUGUCACCGAAAAGGUGGAGCAAGUAUAUGAAAGGGGCGUCUGCCAUCUUUGCGUAUUAUAUCUCACAAGGUGCCACGGUUAUUGUUUUAACACCACCUCCUCCAUUCAAGUUUCACCCCUCGGGAAGAACAAACUACCAAGCUAUCGAGGAGCCGAUCCUGAAAGGGGCAUUUGGGGACGCAGUAUCACAGAUCCAAAUGGUGCAUCCAACGGUCAAAGGUGCAGAGCACUCCUCAUAUCAGGCGUGGCCCCUAGAUAAAACUUGUGUCUGGAUUGCAAAUUUUGGGGACACCUUGGCUAUGAAAGAACCACAUUGGCGGAGUGUGUGCGCGCGAGCGAUUAUAUCCAUACGGAUAACUACUGGUGAAAAUGUCAUAACUGCUGGUCCGUCCGCCGGUCAGGACACAGACGUGGGAGAUUCCGGACUUGGUUUGAACAAGGGAAGUAGGAGUGCUAUUCACUUGGUUGGUAAUGAACAAACAUGA